AUGAAUAGUUUAUUAAGAUAUAAAUCAAUAAAAAGACCCAUAAGAUUAAUAAUUUUCGAUUUAGAUGGUACAUUAACUGUACCCGUUAUGGAUUUUAAAAAAUUAAAACAGGAUUUAGGAUUCCCCACAGGACAAGAUGUAUUAGAAGUAAUUAAAGGAUUAAAUGUCGAAGAAAAAACCAGAGCCAAUAAAAUUAUACACGAAUUCGAAUUAGAAGCAAGAAACAAUUUAAUUAUACAAGAGAAUACUGAAAAAUUAUUAUUGUUUUUAGAAUCAAACAAUAUUCCAAAAGCAAUUCAUUCAAGAAAUAGUUUAGAAAAUAUUAAAUACUUUAUUGAUAAGGUUAAUUUUAACUUUCAUCAUUUUGUUGGCAGAGAAAUUGAGCCACCCAAACCAAUGGCAAAUGGAUCAUUAGAAAUUUUAAGAGUUUUAAAUCAAUCAUAUCAAGAUAAUCCCAUUACACCCAACCAAGUAAUUUUCGUUGGUGAUUCUGUGGAUGACAUUAAAACCUCAAAAAAUUUAGGUGCCCUUGCAUGUUUAUUAAAAAAUGAAUAUAACAAGCAUCACUCCCAUUUAGCUGAUAUAGAAAUUGAUAAUUUAAUUGAACUUCAAGAUAUUAUUUCUCAUUUUAACGAUUUAAAUUAAACUAAAAUAAAUAAAAUAAAUAUCUAUUUCUUUUCUUUUUAAACU